AACAGAGACACUGUUAAGUUAUAAACACGCAAUACGAAUAUUAUUGCGUUUAACGUACGUUCCAAAGUAUUUUAUUGGAUUUAUGGGGAAGAUACGCGAUUUUCAAAUUGUCAUCGACAAACGUAGGCCUACUGGUGAUGAGCAUGUUUUUCAACCAGGCGAUAUCCUAUGUGGAGUGGUCGUUGUACACCUAAAUGAGCCUUCAAAAAUUGCGAAACUAGAGAUUGACAUCUGUGGUAAAUCUAGUGUGAAUGUUGAAAACGAACAUGACAUAGAGUGCGACGUGGAAGAUGAACAAGAAAACGAGGAAAAGGAUAUGACCAAGGCGACUGAGACAAAAAAGCAAAAACAAAACAAGCCAAAAGUGGAGAAAAAAGUAAUGGAAGACAAUGAAGAGGAGGAAGAAUGUGAAGAUAGUGAGGAGGAGGAAGAGGAAGAAUAUGAUCCGGAUGAGUGGCAUUUCCGAGAUAGCCAAGUUCUCUGGGGAGGGCGACGUGGACCAACGAAAAAAAUGCCUAUUGGUCGAAAUGAAAUACGAUUUGAAUUUAAAAUUCCAAACGGGUAAGUUGAACAAUUUGCAGUU